CUUUGCCCAGCAAGUCACAUUAUUUCCUCAGAAGGAGCAGAAGAGGAAGACAAACACAGCAGCUAAAAGUCAGGGAGACAUACACCUGCUCUGUCAUUUUUGUACAGGUUUUCCCUCAGGACAUAGACAUGGUCCGGUGGAGCUGCAGCACCUUUGUGGUGGUUUUUCUUUGUGGAGCUUUUAUCAGAGAAGCACUUCAGGCUUCCAUAUCUGAUGUUGGGGGACAAAAAGACGCUCGAAGACAUCUUCUGAUGGAAGUAGAAGAUCACACCAACAGUAACAAUACUGAAACUCUAAGGGCAGUCGAUCCUGACGAGAGCCCAAAGUCGUUGGAGUAUUCCUAUCUGGCUGCAGGUCUGGGCACAGUCCUCGCCGUUUCACUCCUCAUCGUGAUGUCUGUCAAGUUUCGUCUCUUCCAUCGCUUCCUGGCCAGCUACAGACACUCUCUGCUCCAUGAGGCCGAUGGAGUCAGCCAGUAUGGCCAGGACGAGCCCUCCUUCCCUAACAGUGUGGUGGGUAGAAUGGGAGUGGUUGGAGGGACUCCAAGAGGGCUGGAUGACGAUGAUGAUGAUGGCUUUAUUGAGGAUAACUAUAUCCAGGCCAGUGAGAAAGACAGGGCAGAGAGAGAGAGAGAGGAAGAGGGGGAGGAAGGGAUAGAAGACAGCGAUGAUGAUAUUCAGUUCACUAUAGGGUGAAUUAAAUAAAGGGAGACUUCAUCAUAAACAGCUGUUUCCAACUAAGAUAAAAAUAAUGACCCUUUAAAGAAGAUUUUGAGAGAAAAGCAGUGAUUGCUCACCUUUCUGGCUUGUGACCCCUUAAUGAAUCAUUGUCUACUUGCAACCACUUACACCUUGCAUGUGUCUAUGAACUGUGAAGACUAAGUUGCCCUCAAAAAGUCAAAUAAUCUGUACAUAUUAUAUUAUAUUGUUUAAUUUAAAUAAUUGUCAGACCAGAAUAGGCAAAACUCUAGAUGGCACAAUUAAUAAGACAAAGAGACAGGCAACGUUUUAACUGGACUGGGUCUUCAUUAGAUGCCACUUGUCUUUAUAUACAUGUCCCUUUGUCUUAGCUAUUUUCUCAAAGAAGAUCUGGUGAGUCAAAAUGUUGCCUGCCAGAUAGUCUCAGAUUUUUCCUUUAAUGCUGAAUAUUCCAAUUACAGAUGGAAUCUGUUAUACUUUUUAAAAUGAAUACAUUGUGUGUGUAUAUCCAUCUGUAAGUUGUUGGAAGUUGCUGUUCGUACCCUGCUAAUGUAAGAUAGUAAACGGUAUUUCAAUGUGUUUGUAUGUAUAGUCUGAAAUAAUUUUAUUGGAAAUGCACUUUAUGAAUAAAUUCUUUAUAAUUCCAA